AUGAGAUUCAAGGUUUAUUUAUGUGAAAUAACAAAAAGACAUGAUGUUUUUAGAACUUUUAACGGUAAAUCAAAAAUAGAAUUUCUAAAUAAAAAUAUAGGACGUAAAUUUAGAUAAUUUAAUAUGCACGAAUUUGACUAGAUUGAAAAAUCGGUUGAGUAAUAAAGAACAAAGGGUGUAAUGAUUUUACAAGAAAUUCUAAAAAAACAUGAAUGUUACUUUCAAAAUUUGAAGGGUAAUAUUCAAUCAAUAUUUAUGUAAAUGUUCUUUUUAAAUUGUGUUGAUUCAUUUUACAAGGAAUUUCAAGCAUCUUCCUCCUUAGAAUACUAUAAGUUUAAUUCUAUCCAGUAAUUUCAAAAAUGA